CGAAGAGGGGCUGUCUGAAUAAAGCAGGAAGCAGGUGCUGCAAGGCUGACAGUGAUGGCUGAUAAUUUCCGGGAUUACAACCUGAACCAGGAGCAGAAGGCUAUCAAAGCCAAGUACCCUCCACUCAAUAAGAAGUAUGAGUAUCUGGAUCACACGGCUGAUGUUCAGUUACAUGCCUGGGGAGAUACUUUGGAAGAAGCUUUUGAGCAGUGUGCUAUGGCCAUGUUUGGCUACAUAACAGAUACAGAGACUGUGGAGCCCUUGGAUACUGUAGAAGUGCAGACAGAAGGACAUGACAUGCUGUCUCUUCUUUAUAACUUCUUGAAUGAGUGGCUGUAUACAUUCAGCGCUGACCAGUUCUUCAUACCCAGGGAGGUGAAAGUGCUCUCCAUUGACCGAAUGAGUUUCAAAAUAAGAUCCAUUGGGUGGGGGGAAGAGUUCUCUCUACCCAAACAUCCUCAGGGUACUGAAGUCAAGGCAAUAACUUACUCUGCAAUGCAGAUCCAUGAAGACCAAAAGCCAGAAGUUUUUGUCAUCAUUGAUAUCUAAAAAAGAAGAAAAUGCUGCUGAAAUGCCUGGAAAAAUCAUUCUUAGCCAGCAAAGGUCCCACAAACUCUGCUACCUCCACAGAAAUAACUAAACGAUUGGCUAAAAUUGCUGAAUUGUACUGUUAAUGUUAUUUUACUGAAUGAGUCAGGGGAAUUAAGAAAUAUUCAGAUGUGUCUUGACUUUGAGGAACGGCAGACGAGUCUGGGAAUUGGAUGUCUAGACAAGAAACUAGUUUUAAGAAGCUUGCACAUCUCAAACUUGCAAGAGCAGCAUAAGGAGUUAAAAUUUCUCACUAGCACUGCUGUUGUGCAUUGAUUUUUAAAUUGGCAUUGGUACUGUGUCCUGGUGAACAUGGGUGAUCAGUAAGAAAUUAAUUACUUCUUAUCUUUAUUAGUCAAAAUAUUAUCUUGUUGCAAGCUGGCAGAAGACAGAGAAAAUUUGAUGUACACAUUUUCUUUGCCUUUAUUCUGAAGGACCUACCUCUCGUUGUGCUUCAUUGGUGCGCAUUUUAAUUUACUCAGGCUGAGGUGACAUUGUUCUUUUGCAUUAUUUAAUGCCUUUAAGAUCUCUGCCACUUGAGGUCUUUUUACGAAAAUUAUAAGUGCAUUGCAAUGAUUUUAAAGCAGCAAACGCCUUCAAAAAUAUCUGAAUGAUAUUAGAAAAGAUGCCACCAGGUGGUGCUAAAUCUCCAUAUAGUGCUAACUGAUAGUCUGACCUAAUAAAGCAGUAUCCAUGUGA